UUUUUUUUCUCUCCUUGGUACUUUCCUCUGGACAUAGAAAACAGAAAAAUUAAUAAGGCCACUUUCACCUGCCUCACUCAAGAACAAGACUUUCAAACUUCCCUCUCAACACUGAUGCAACCCCUCAAUUCCUGACAGCCAGGGGUGGGAAAGUUUCCAGAGAUAGGCGGCAGCCCGAUUUACCAAGAAGAGAUGAGAUGUUGUUACCCAAUAAAAAUGCCAUAAAUACGAAAUGAUGAACUACCAUGGGAAAUGAAUGGAUAGAAAAGGACACGUUGGAAUGCAGAUGGAAUCAAGGGCUUCUUGCAUGUUAGGCAAGCACAAGACAGAGCCAUACCCCAGUCCCUAUGAUUAAGAACUGUGUCAUCAAAUUAACAGAACAGAGCCAAAUCCCUGACACAGAUGAGAAUUAAAUCAGAGGAAAGUACGGAUCCUUCUAGAAACAUCCAGUUCCAUUUCUCUGGGAAAACAUCACAAAGUUCGUGUAACAGCAGGAACAUGAAGCCGCCACUCUUGGUGUUUAUUGUGUAUCUGCUGUGGCUGAAGGAUUGUCACUGUGCACCUACUUGGAACGACAAAACUGCCAUCGGUGAAAACCUGAAGAGUUUUUCUGAGGCUGGGGAGACAGAUGGAGAUGGAGAGGUGAAGAAGGCUUUGAUUGGUAUUAAGCAGAUGAAACUCAUGAUGGAAAGAAGGGAGGAAGAACAUACCAAACUAAUGACAACCUUGAAGAAAUGCAAAGAAGAAAAGCAGGGGGCUGUGAAACUCAUGAAUGAAGUUCAGGAACAUCUGGAGGAAGAAGAAAGGUUAUGCCAGGCAUCUCUGGCUGAUUCCUGGGAGGAAUGCAGGACUUGCCUGGACAGUAACUGCAUGAGAUUCUAUUCAACCUGUCAGCCUGGUUGGUCCUCGGUGAAAAAUACGGUUGAGCAGUUUUUCAGGAAGAUCUAUCAGUUUCUGUUCCCUCUCCACCACGAUGAGCACAGCCAUCUCCCCAGCAGUGAACAGCACACUCAGGAAGACGCCCAAGUGACCCACAUGGAGAAGGCGUUCCUCCAGUUGACUGCGACUGCGGAAUCCCUCUUUAACAGGAGUCUUUCCGUCUUCAAACAGAUGCAGCAAGAGUUUGACCAGGCUUUCCAAUCCGAUUUCAUGUCAGAAACCAACUUAAUGGAACCUCACCUUUUUCCAGCUUUAUCCAAAGAGCCAACAGAAAAAGCAGAUCUUGGCCAAAGCUGGGAUAUCCCCAACUUCUUCCAGCUGUUUUGUAAUUUCAGCCGCUCUAUUUAUGAAAGUCUCCGUGAAGCAGUUACCCAUACUCUGCGUGCAAUAGAAGAUUCGCCAAAACAUGACGAAGGCUCUGACCAGGGAACACAACAGGGAGGACUGAUUUCAAAGACAUUGUCUGAGCAGGACAAAGGACCGUGUGCAGAACUUGGACAAAAUUUUUCUGGAUGUUUCAGAUUACAAGAAAAAUGCCAAAAAUGUCAGGAUUACUUAUCAGAAGACUGUCCCGAUGUGGCUGACCUACACAUAGAAUUGGAUAAGGCCCUUAGACUGGUCAAUGUGUCCAAUGAGCAAUACGACCAGGUUGUCCAGAUGAUCCAGCAUCACUUGGAGGACACCAUGGAUCUGAUGGAGAGGAUGAGCCAGCAGUUUGGCUGGGUGUCUGAACUGGCAAACCAGAGCCUAGGAGCUGAGAACAUCUUUAAUUCAAUAAAGGUAAUGGCGAGAUCCAGAGCAGGAGAGCAGGCAGUUCCAAGAGCUCAUGAAGGAAAUUCUUCCAAACAAGAUGACCCAGUGGUAGAAUCAAGCAUUCUACCUUCCCCUAAGUCUGCAUUGGGGAUUCCUCUUGAAGAAAGUGCUGAGAGUUCCAACUUCAUUGACUAUGUAGUAACGAAAGUUCUUCAGCAUCUUAAGGAACGUUUUCAAACUUGGUAAGAAGAUGUAAUACAAGAAGAAUUACUUCGUCCGCUGAGACCUGAAAAUCCUGAAAUACGAUUCAGGGUAGUGCAUUAAUCCUAGUUGCAGGAAAGCAAGUUAAUUAUUUAUUAUGAAGUACUGUUAAUUUGCUUGUCUUGAAUGACAAUUUAAUAGCUAGUCAAACUGAGUUCAAAUGAAAAUGUCUUAAAAA